CCAGAGUUCCUCGCGGCGGCAGCCGUAAAGCGCGGCGGUCGAACGGCCGGUUCCGGCUGAAUGUCAGUGCGGGUCUGUGGGCCGGGGAGCAAGGUGCUUGGCGGUCUCUCCACCGUCCCCGCCGCUGCCGCUGGGCUUGAGAUGUCGUCGCGGACGCCGGGCCGCUGGUCGGAUCGGACAUGAAACCGUGAGGCGGGCGACGGGGCUGGUCCGCGGACAUGUUUGGCCGCUCACGGAGCUGGGUGGGCGGGGGCCACGGCAAGUCCUCCCGCAACAUCCACUCCUUGGACCACCUGAAGUACCUGUACCAUAUUUUAACAAAAAACACCACUGUCACAGAACAGAACCGGAACCUGCUUGUGGAGACCAUCCGUUCCAUCACUGAGAUCCUGAUUUGGGGAGAUCAAAAUGACAGCUCUGUGUUUGACUUCUUCCUGGAGAAGAACAUGUUUGUUUUCUUCUUGAACAUUCUGCGGCAGAAAUCAGGCCGAUAUGUGUGUGUGCAGCUGCUACAGACCUUGAACAUUCUCUUUGAGAACAUCAGCCACGAGACCUCGCUCUAUUAUUUGCUGUCUAAUAACUAUGUAAAUUCGAUCAUUGUCCAUAAAUUUGACUUUUCCGACGAGGAGAUCAUGGCGUAUUACAUAUCGUUCCUGAAAACACUUUCAUUAAAGCUCAACAACCACACUGUCCAUUUCUUUUACAAUGAGCACACCAAUGACUUUGCCCUGUACACAGAAGCCAUCAAGUUCUUCAAUCAUCCCGAAAGCAUGGUUCGAAUUGCUGUAAGAACCAUCACCUUGAAUGUCUAUAAAGUGGAUAACCAGGCCAUGCUGCACUACAUCCGAGACAAAACUGCUGUCCCGUACUUCUCCAAUUUGGUCUGGUUCAUUGGGAGCCACGUGAUCGAACUUGACAACUGUGUGCAGACGGAUGAGGAGCACCGGAAUCGAGGGAAACUGAGUGACCUGGUGGCUGAGCACCUGGACCACCUGCACUAUCUCAACGACAUCCUGAUCAUCAACUGCGAGUUCCUCAACGACGUGCUCACGGACCACCUGCUCAACAGGCUGUUCCUGCCGCUCUACGUGUACUCUCUAGAGAACCCCGACAAGGGAGGAGAACGGCCAAAAAUCAGCCUGCCUGUGUCCCUCUAUCUUCUCUCCCAGGUCUUCCUCAUUAUACAUCACGCCCCGCUGGUGAACUCUCUGGCUGAAGUCAUUUUGAAUGGUGAUCUAUCUGAGACAUACGCAAAGCCAGCACAGGAUGUUCCCAGAAGUUCUGCCAAGCCCAGCAUCCGGUGCUUCAUUAAGCCCACUGAGACACUCGAGCGCUCCCUCGAGAUGAACAAGCACAAGGGCAAGAAGCGGAUGCAAAAGAGACCCAACUACAAAAACGUUGGGGAGGAGGAGGACGAGGAGAGAGGGUCUGCUGAAGAUGCCCCGGAAGACGCUGAGAAGACUAAAGGUACAGAGGGUGGUUCAGAAAGCAUGAAGACAAGUGGGGAGCGCGAAGAGAUUGAGAUGGUGGUCAUGAAGCUUGGCAAACUGUCAGCGGUGGCCGCGGCUGGGACUGCAGUGCAGGAGCAGAACACCACCGAUGAGGAGAAGAGCGCCGCCACCACCUCAGAGGAUGCGCAGUGGAGCAGACCCUUCCUGGAUAUGGUGUACCAUGCCCUGGACAGCCCUGACGAGGACUAUCACGCCCUCUUCGUGCUCUGCCUCCUGUACGCCAUGUCUCAUAACAAAGGCAUGGAUCCUGAAAAACUAAAACGAAUCCAGCUCCCAGUGCCAAGUGAGGCUGAGAAAACCACCUACAACCAUCUGCUGGCCGAGAGACUCAUCAGGAUCAUGAACAAUGCUGCCCAACCAGAUGGCAGGAUCCGGUUAGCUACACUGGAGCUCGGCUGCCUGCUCCUGAAGCAGCAAGUGCUGACCAGCUCUGGCUGUGUCAUCAAGGAUGUGCACCUGGCCUGUCUGGAGGGUGCAAGAGAAGAGAGUGUCCACCUUGUUCGUCAUUUCUAUAAGGGAGAAGAGAUUUUUUUGGACAUGUUUGAAGAUGAGUACAGGAGCAUGACAAUCAAGCCCAUGAAUGUGGAAUAUCUCAUGAUGGAUGCUUCCAUCCUCCUGCCCCCAACGGGCACGCCACUGACUGGCAUUGACUUUGUGAAGCGGCUGCCAUGUGGUGAUGUGGAGAAGACGAGACGGGAGAAGUUCCCAGAAGCGGGAUUUCUGGUUCAAAGGGCCAUCCGGGUAUUCUUCAUGCUGCGUUCCCUGUCACUGCAGCUGCGAGGGGAACCUGAGACCCAAUUGCCACUGACUCGGGAGGAGGACCUGAUCAAAACAGAUGAUGUCUUGGAUCUGAAUAACAGUGACUUGAUCGCUUGCACAGUCAUCACGAAGGAUGGCAGUAUGGUCCAGCGGUUCCUGGCUGUGGACAUUUACCAGAUGAGCCUGGUGGAGCCUGACGUGUCCAGACUCGGCUGGGGAGUGGUCAAGUUUGCUGGCCUUCUGCAGGACAUGCAGGUGACAGGAGUGGAGGAUGACAGCCGUGCCCUGAACAUCACCAUUCACAAGCCUGCCUCCAGUCCACACUCCAAGCCCUUCCCUAUCCUGCAGGCCACCUUCGUGUUCUCUGAUCAUAUCCGCUGCAUUAUUGCCAAGCAGCGCCUGGCUAAGGGCCGCAUCCAGGCCAGGCGCAUGAAGAUGCAGAGAAUAGCUGCCCUUCUGGACCUCCCAAUCCAGCCGACAACAGAAGUCCUGGGAUUUGGACUCUGCUCCUCCUCCUCCCAGCACCUGCCUUUCCGUUUCUAUGAGCAGUGCCGCAGAGGCAGCAGUGACCCCACAGUGCAGCGCUCUGUGUUUGCAUCCGUGGACAAGGUGCCAGGCUUUGCUGUGGCCCAGUGCAUAAACCAGCAUAGCUCUCCGUCCCUGUCAUCACCAUCACCACCGUUUGCCAGUGGGAGCCCCGGUGGCAGUGGGAGCACCAGCCACUGCGACUCAGGAGGCUCUUCCUCAGCACCCUCAGCAACCCAGAGCCCGGCAGAUGCCCCCACAACGCCACAACAGCCUCAGCCUCACCUGGACCAGUCAGUGAUUGGGAAUGAAAUGGACGUCAACUCCAAGCCCAGCAAGACCUCGUCGGCCAGGAGCUCUGAGGGGGAGACCAUGCACCUGUCCCCCAGCCUCCUCCCCGCCCAGCAGCCUACCAUCUCCUUGCUCUAUGAGGACACUGCUGACACACUGAGCGUCGAGUCGCUGACUCUUGUCCCCCCAGUCGAUCCCCACAGCCUCCGAGCCCUCUCUGGCAUUUCCCAGCUCCCUGCACUGCCUGCAGCAGAUUCAGAGACCCCAGCUGAGGAUGCUGAAAACCCAGAGCCCGCAGGUCCCACAGAGCACUGAGUGGGCACCAGAGAUCUCCCUUUGUGUGUGCGGCCCGCUGGUAGGGACCCCCAUGCAGUUUGUGACAGCAAGACACACGGGAGCACCCACAAUUCUCCAGGAAACUAUCCCUCAUUCCUUUCCCACGAGACAGCAGCCAAGCACUCAUUUGCUUUAACCUCGCUGCGUAGGCUGGGACGGCCUCCUGUUUGGAGACGAUGACUAUGAUGACUAUGACGCUGGCCACCUCAGAGGGGUCCGGGUCCCUGUCCCGACCCUGACAGCCGCCGCAGGGGUGGGGUCCGCUGGCGCCUCCUUCAGGCAGCUCCUCGGCUUCUCCCAGUGUGCACAGGCACGGACGGACAAGGGGACUUUGGGUAGAAAUCUGUGGAGAAGCAAACCUAGAUAAACAUCUCUAUGGGCUAUUUAUUUCUGUUUUUGGCAACAGAUGAAGAGAUUUAUUUUAAAAGAAUCUAUUUGGGGGGAGGGGCAAGAGGAAUAGGUUCUCGCCCAUAGGCUUGUUGACGUUGGAAGUGUCGGCUGUUAAGAUUCCUUGUCCUUAGAACUUUUCCAUGUUUCUAUUCUGAAGCUGUGGCUGUCCCUUUCUCUCUUUUCCUGAGGGAUUCUUCGUUCUCCUGUCCCCAACUCUACAAUCCUAUGGGGUGAUGAAGCCUCGCUGAAACACUGAGAACUUCUGAACAAAGUGAGAGAGCUAAGCAUGCUCAGGUCGCAUGGGCGAGAGGCCAGGAGCCUCUGCUCUCUAAGCUGGACGAUGUCUGCUCAGGACACCGCACAGGCACAGCUUCCAGCAGGCUCGCUUCCUCCUCUCUUUGUCCAAGAGGGAUCCAUUAGUCCUAGUGCCCGUGACAGGGAUCAAAGGACAGCUUCCCAAGAUGCAAGUGGGUGCCUGCCUAGGGCCCAGCUGCAAAGCGGGAAGCCAAAAGCAAAAUCCCGCCCUCUCCCCGCCCCCACCCCUUCCUUUGCUGCCACCACACAGCUUGUUUCAAAGCCCUGUAGUUGUAGGCAUGUGCCAGAAGGACCAGAUCUGUCCAGUCAGGCCCCGCCUUCCUCUGCUCAGCAGUCAGGUCACCGCGUGAGCGAGCGAGCGAGCGAGCGAGGCUCCAUGGCCUUCUAUGGCUUUCCUGCAGAUUUGGCCUCACAGUUUCAGUAUCCACCAGAGGCGAGCCACAGGGGUACCCCUGGGACACGUGUCACCAUCUGCUCAUCACCAGACCUUGACACUCUUAAGUUGACUUUCCUGCAGGCCCCAAUGCUCAGUUUUCCAAGGGAAAGCAGUGCUCCCUAGGAAGGUGGUGGUACCCAUGUGGACUGGUUUCUCUGGUCUUUAAAAGGUCCAGUGGGCAUGCUGUCAAAGACACGAGAUGGUCUGAAACAGAAGGCUGGGUCAGGAAGGCAACCAAGCUUGCCUAGAGGCAGCCACCCCAAAGGCCCUGGCAAAGAGGAUGCUCUGGGAUACUUAGCCCUGGAAAGAGAGGAGACUGAUGGCCACUGAAAUCAAGAGCUCUCCGUACCCAACCUCGGGUGUUCCUGCUUAUUUGCAGGGAGGGGGUAGACAAAGGAGCAGGCUAGCCCUGUCUUUAGCACAACUGUACGCUAUAGAUUUUGAAAUGACAGUCCCUAGGGUAGCAUAAAUGUUACACGGUUCAAGUGACUCUCCACCCUGCAGUGUGGUCUCCAGAGAGAAGCCUACAGCCACCCUAACCCACUAUCUGGGUAGGCCGCAUCCUUCUGUGACUAGCCUCUUCUUUGCAAUUCGGAGGUUUCAAGAAGGGAAAAGAUUGUGCCCAAGGUGGUCAGGAAGCCCUGAAAGGGUAGCUGCUGUGUAAAAUCACCAAAAACAGGCCUGUCCCCACAGCUGGCUUGUCAGGUUGCUCUCAGAGGGUUCCUGCAGCCAGGAGUCUAGGGCUCACCUCCAGGCGAGCAGAUGUGGGCUUCCUGUGAGAGAGCUAUGGCCACUGCUGACAAGGGGUGGGGUCCUGGAGGAAGCAGCAGGGCUCUGAGGGACACUUUGUCACCUAGGUCUUGGUGGUGUUGGCUACAGCCCGGUCUUCAGGAGCACUCUGUCAGCUUGGCAGCUGUGCUCUCCAGAGACCUAGCCAGCGAGAACCUACUGGGUCUCUACAGGUCCCACAGCUCCUGACCUGGAGCUCCCAGAGUCAGCCUCCAAGGUCCUUAGUCCCGGCUCCCACCCAGGCCAUGCAUGCCUUGUCCACCCUGGUCUCCCUCCCUUCUGCAACUGCCCCAGGACAGACUAGCAGAGCUAGCUUCUAACCCUCACCUCAGCCUUGAUCGGCACCAUGGCAGCAUGCAGUGCUGCCUCUUCCUGGUUGGAGUCCAAGGCAGGUGGGACACUUCCCACAGGUCAGACUCAGUGUGGUGGUGAGAGCCCUCUGUGGAAGUGGUGGAGAGGCUUCCAGCGCAGACCACUCUGCUGCUCUACCCACCAAGCCCUUGCAUUGCCAGGAACUGGCUGACUGCAUCCUAAGGAUGGCAUUGGUUUCUCUGCGGCCUCUGACAUGCAGUUGUAAAUAAGGCGUGGAUAAACCAAGUCCGAGCUUUUGUAAAUGCAAUAAAUAUAUUUCACACAGUCACAAUGGGCAGAAGGUUAAAUUCUUCCCUCAGAGCUGAAACUGUGAGGAAAGGGGGUGGGGGGCAGAGUUGGGAAGGUCUGGCCAGGGAAGUGCCUGCUUCUGCCAGCAGGACCGAACCUGGGGGGAGAAAUGAAAGCUAGAACUUUCUUGUAAUUUGAAACUUGGCAAUAAAAAGUAAAACCAA